ACCAGUCUCACGCUAGUCGCUCGGCCUGGUAGUGUCCCUAAACCCGAUAUGUAGUCCGAUAGUCCAUUUGCGUUUGUGUGUGUGCGCCGCAUGUGUGUGUGUUGUGUGUCGUGUAUGUGUGUGUGUGUGUGUGUGUGUGUGUGUGUGUGUGUGUGUACGUUUGUGUGUCGUGUGUGUGUCGUGUGCGCGCGCACACAUAACGUGUAGUAAUUUUUUGUCGUCUAUUGUAGAGUUUGUGUAGAGAAUAUAAAUAUUAUAUUUUUAUAAAUAAUAACAUAAUAUUAUGUGCGUACGUUUUUGUUGUCAAUGACGUAAAAAAAUAUCGUAUUUAAUCGGUUUGGCCGUCCGGACGCCGCGGUCGACGCAUCGGCUUCACUCUCACUUCUUUCGAGUUUGACCCACAGACGCGAUAAUGACCGUUGUUUGUUCCUCUCUAACGUCCUGGACGCAAUGUCGUACGACGUCAAAAGGCAUGGAGGGCGACGGGACUUCUAGAGGGGUGAUAAGACCCGCCCCGGCACAUAUCAGGACCAUUACGACGUCGGGUCUCAUAACCACCGUGCCUAAUAUCGAAGGGCAGACCAGGAACGAGAGCAAUGCGGCAGACACCAUGUCGCAGUUAAAAGUGCAACAACAGAGAGACUUUGGACACAACGGAUUAUCUAGAAACUGUACUCCCGAUAAUACGGAAUGCGUACCGACGGAGGUGCUUAUGGACGGGUUCAAUGAAAACGGCACGCCGGCUGCACACACGCCCGAAGAGGCUGCGUCACCGGACGAAUACCAAAAGGAUCAUAGUCCGCCCGCAGAAGCCAUUCGACUGCGGAGAAAUGUGGAUGGUACCGAAGUGAAUUUGCAAAUACCGAUGGAAAAGUUGCCCACAUUUCAUGGGUACGUCGCUACCACCGAAUUUCCAAACCAUAAUCAGAGAUAUCAGCGGAUCAGAUACUUGGAGUACCGAGGACAGUCGCCUGAGGAUGGCAGUGGUGGUGGUGGAGGUGGUUUUGAACAGCCCCUGAUCAAGUACGAGCAUCAUCAGCAACAGCAACAGCAAAGUAAAAUGGAUCCGAAUUCCAGUUAUGUGACUCUAGAGUCGGUUACGGACGUCUAUCAACAGCAGCAGCAACAGCAGCAGCAGCAACAACAACAACAACAACAACAACAACAACAACAACAACAACAACAACAACAACAACAGCAGCAGAAUUACCAGCAACAGAACACGUACCAGACGUACCAAACGUACGAGAGCGAACAACCAGUGAACGACAUAUUCAACAUUUAUGACAAGGAAAGCCACGGCGGGGGUGGAGAUUACGGUGUAAAAGCCGGUCACCAGAAGGGUGGUUACGUCCAACAGACUCUGAUGCAGCAACAACAGCAGCAGCAGCAACCCGAGUAUCAAGACGACGUCAACGGUAGUGGUGGCGGCGGGGGUGGUGGCGAGGGACAACCGGAUUUCUGGGGACACCAUGAGCAACAGGUGGCAGACUUUACAACGGCGGCAAACGAAACUUUAGCAGCGGCCAACGCGCUGCAAAUUCAAGAAGUAGGCCUAGGACCCCCGGAUGGAAGCAUACAGGUGACUCAGCAGUAUGCCAUUUUCCAGACCGGUAACCCCGGACCGUCGUGGAUCGACGAACACUACGAUCAAAAUGGUAUCCUGAACGUGGACAUGAAGGAAUGUGUGAAUUGCGCAGCCAACGUGACGCCCCUGUGGCGAAGGGACGGCACGGGCCACCAUCUAUGCAACGCGUGCGGCUUGUACAACAGGAUCAACGGAGUGAAUCGGCCGCCGGUCAGGUCCGCGCAAAAGAAAACCACCCAACAAACAGGAAACAAACGUUCCGGAGUGGCCUGUGCUAACUGCUCGACAAAUACGACGACUCUGUGGAGACGAAACAACAACGGAGAACCUGUGUGUAACGCUUGUGGUCUCUAUUUCAAAUUGCACAACGUCAAUAGGCCGUUGACGAUGAAGAAAGACGGCAUACAAACGAGAAAAAGGAAACCGAAAAACCCGUCCAUCGGUGGUUUCAGCCAAAAUUCGUCGUCUAAAGAGAAAGGAGAAGUAACAACAAAGCUUCUACUUCCUCACUUGUAUACUAAUUCUUCGGAUAACAAACAUCAACACGGACAUCUUAGUUACGAUCAAGCUGUGAUGACAUCACAAGAACACUUCCUGCCUCACGGCUCUCAAAUUCACAUCCCUUCAUUACCCCCACCGCCAACAAACCUUAACCGCCAUACAACUAAUAAUGGACAAUCGAUGGAACAAUUGGGUUCUAGAGAUAUGCUGACCAGUGUGAUCACUUCUACCGGAAAUCAAAGUGUAAGAGACGAUUAAUUGCCAACCGGUAAACGUUUUAAAUUAAUGCAAUAGGUACUUCUAUGAACAAUCUUGUUCAAUUUAGUAUUAAUGUAUAGAAUAUUCGUUCAUUUGCAAAUUUAUAUAUUAAAAAUAUGUUAUAUAAACAUAGUUUGUUAUAACAAUGUGAUCAUGCACUGUAAGUCUGUAAAGUGAUAAUGGAUGAUAAUUAUAUAUUAUAUAUAUAUAUAUAUAAUCUUACACGGUUUUGUGAUGAAAAUAUAGCUAAUUGUUUAUUUUAUUUAAUGUAUGUGUAUUCAUUUGGUUAAUUAUUAUACUUAGAAUAAGUUACCUUUAAAUGAAAAAUAUGGACAAUUGUAAAUCGAUUAGUCAAAUUAAAUAGUUUUAUAUUAAAUAACUUAAAUAUAAGUAGAUUAAAAAAAAUAAUAUUUCAACAUUCAACCAAACUGAAUUUGAAAACUUUGAAAUAUUUACAGUAUAGGUAUCCAUUCCAAUUAUAUUUUUCAUUGUAAAUGGAAUUUUUUUUUUUUUUUGUAAAUAUAAUUUCAUUGUGUUAUGUAUUUGAUUUUUUUUUUGCGUUUGCACUUUGAAUUAAAGCUACUUAUUUUAUAUAAUUUUAAAUGUCAAAUUAAUUUAUUUUUAAUAAGUUAUAGAAUUGCAAAUUCAUUGAUGAUCAUUAAUUUAAUCAAAAAAAACUAUCCUAUUUUUUCUACCUAAGUCAAUAUCCUCUGACCUCUUGUUAUAUUUUAACUGUUUCAAAAUGAAUGGUAUAUUAUUGUUUUAUAGUCUUUAAACAAAUAUUUACAAUUUUUUGUAAGCACUGUUCCAUUAUUAUUUUUUACAAUAAAUAAUUUAUUAUAGCUUAUAUCCUAUAUGGACAACUAAUUUCACGUUUUGCAUGAAUUUUUUUGUGUAUAGAGUGCACUUGAUAUCGAAAUUAAUAUUAUAAAAUAAGGAGUUGUGUGAACUAUUUUUAAUUUUAAAAUGUACAGAAAGUUAAAAUUUAUGAUUCCGUUCAAAAUUUAAAUAAAAAGACUUAUAAAUUAUAA